CCGCGGGCGAGAAGGGGCAGGGCCCUGUUCCAGCCGACGCUUCCGGUGGGCGGUGCGCCGGGGGCCAGGCAGCCGGGGCGGCCCCUUCCGGCGGUGGCGAGGAUGGCGGCGGAGAACCACUGUGAGUUCCCGGUGCCCCCGGCUGGCGGCCUCGGCGCGGGCGGGCCGUGCCGUCGGUGUAGCUCGGCGCCGCUGCCUGGCGCGGGGCCCGGCAAGUGGGUCAGGCUCAACGUGGGGGGCACCUGCUUCUUGACCACUCGACAGACGCUCUGCAGGGACCCUAAGUCCUUCCUCUUCCGCCUCUGCCAGGCCGACCCCGACCUGGACUCGGACAAGGAUGAAACAGGUGCCUAUUUAAUAGACAGAGACCCAACCUACUUUGGGCCAGUGCUGAACUAUCUCAGACACGGAAAACUGGUUAUUAACAAGGACCUAGCUGAGGAAGGUGUACUGGAAGAGGCUGAAUUCUACAAUAUCACAUCUCUAAUAAAACUGGUAAAGGACAAAAUAAGAGAAAGAGACAGCAGAAUCUCUCAGGUGCCAGUCAAACAUGUAUACAGAGUGCUGCAGUGUCAGGAAGAGGAGCUCACUCAAAUGGUUUCCACAAUGUCCGAUGGCUGGAAAUUUGAACAGCUUGUCAGUAUAGGUUCCCAGUACAGCUGUGGCCGGGCUCAGCAGUCAGAGUUUCUGCUGAUAGUGUCACGGGAAGUGAAAGGGGAAGAGAGAUGCUUCCAGAAAUGCUGCAGUGAGCUGGUCAGUAUUGGUUCUUCUUAUAACUAUGGCAAUGAAGAUCAGGCUGAAUUUCUGUGUGUUGUCUCAAAGGAAUUGCAUAACACUCCUUACGGCACAACCAGUGAACCCAGUGAAAAAGCAAAGAGUGAGGAUGAAGAAACGGAUUACGAUAUGAAUGACUCAGAUUAAGUGUAAAUGUCAUGAUUUUGCAAGAACGAGGUUCCAGGAUGUGAAGACAGUAUUGAACGGUGACAAUUUUUUUCUUGUAUUCGAAGAUGCAGUGAAUUGUCACACUGAAGAGGCUUGGCUGCAAAAGAAAAAAUCUGAUUUAGACAAUUUUCUGUUGAUCUGGGUUCAACCAUAUUUGCCUAUAAGCUGGUGUCAACUUCUGGAAGCAUUGCAAGAUUACAUAAUGGGAAUAGAUGGUGUGGGAGUGUGUGUUAAGUUUUGGUUGUAGUGCAUGGUUGUGCUCUCUUGUCGGCUUAUUGACACUGGUCAUUUGAAAAGAAAUGACCAUGCACUCAUAUUUUCCUUGGAGACAUGUAGCACUUAAUGUCUGGUGCUGGAUGACCCAAUGUUGAUCAGUUUGGAGACCUUUUCCUACUAAUCAUUGUAAACCUUAAAAGGACAAUGUAAUUGGUGCUACACACACACACACUUACACACACACGCACACACACACACACAAAUGUUACAGCCCAGAAACGCAAGUGUUUGGGCAUACGUUGUUUCAGAAUCAGUGUCAGCCCCAGUUGACUGUAUUAUACUGCACAUUCCUUAUGGUUCUGUGACAUAAUCUAUUAUGUAAUAACAGCCUAGGAGAUCAACUGAAACUAGCAUGUGUAAGUUACACAACAGAGAAAAGGUUUCUCUGAAGGGUGUAUAUAUUGACUGGAUAUAUAGCUUAUUUUAAUACCCAAAGGGAAGACUAAACUCAGAGAAAAUGGCCUUCCUCUGAGUUAUUCUUGAUGUUCCCUCUGUUAAAACAGUCUCCUGCAAAAGUUACGCUCCAGUCCUGGUCACAUGCUUGAAAGUGGAAUCAAAAUUCACUUAAAAUGACCAACUGAACAUUCUGUUUCUUUGGAGGUGUUUGUACUCAUAUGUGUGUUUGUGCUUCUAUAAAAUGCUUAUAAGCAUUGAACUGUGUGGAUUAGAGUAGAGAUUUUUCUAGAGCUGAAGGUUUUACAGAAAUACAGCUGGCUAGUCCUAAGUCCCUGUCUCUAUGACUCGGAUUAAAAUCAACCUUAGUGUGAACAUAAACUCAUCCAGUUGAAAAACCUGAUUACUUUGGAUAUUCAGGAUCCCUGUAAUCAACCUUUCUAUACAGUUUCAGCUAUGCAGUUAAGAACAGUGUUUGAACAGAAUGUGGUGCAGCUUUGUUAGUUUGUCCUUGAUAAAGGUAAUACACAAGACACACACUAUGUUUUGAGCAAAAUCUUCAGCACAUCUUUAAAACACUUAAUGAAAUGGACAGUAUAAAACUUGGCUUCAUUGACUCGUGGAACCAGUGGAAGGGAGUUUGAAAAAGCUACAAGAUGGUUUUAAAUUCUAAAGACAUUACCGUUUUCAUUCUAAGUAAUUUCAGAAUUCAUGCAUAUACUGUAGGUAAUCCUUUACACAAAAGCCUGAUUUUCAAACACCCAGGGUCUACUUUUUUUUAUUAUUAUUUUAUUUUUUAAAGGACUUAGACAUUGAUAAAAGUUUGGCAAAACAAUUUGUAAGAAACAUUUCUACUAAACAGAUUAAGCAAUGGGCUAAAUGUUUUGUCCGUGUGCCUAAUGCUUGAAAGGAUUUGUAAUGCAUUUUGUGACUUGGAUGUGGUCUGCACAGGAAGAUGCUGGCCCCUCCACAACACAUACAAUUUUUGUCUUUUUUUAAGAAAUUAAAACUGAAUUUAAUUUACUAAAGCUGUAAUUGUGUAGGGGGAAAUGUUUAUACUUUUAUACUUUUUUAGGUACCCAUAUUUUAUCAGCUUAAAUUGAGCACAGAGAUGUCCCCUAAAUAGUGACGGAUUAUCUUGUGUAUCUGAAAAUAAGCAUAACAAUUGUCUGUGUUAAUUGCAUAUUAAAACAUUUCCUCUGCUGCAGUAGUCACUGUGUUUUUAAGCAGUAUGACUAAACCAAAAUCUCUGAGCUCCCCGGCUCAUUGCAGCCAGUUGCAGCCAACCACGUUACUUGUUGUUUUCUCGAUGUGCUCUGCAGAGUAAUUCAGCAUUGAUCUAAGUGGAUUUUAAUGUCUAAAAUACCAGUUUUACAGUGAUCCUUCUGAAUCAGCAUUUCUGCUGCCUCUCUGAGUAAACCCAAAAAGGACAGACUAUUUAAUAAAAUGAAAUUUUCCUGAAUGACAUCAGCAAAGCAUGAGUAACAAACAGAGCAAACUGAACACAUUUAGAGUAUAUAUAAGAGUGGUUUUUUCUAAGUAUGGAGGUUUUUCCCCACUGGAAUAUUUUCAGUUUUAAAACCUACUUCUAUGCUGAGAUUACCUGCAGUUUAGUUUACAUUGUGUCCCUGCUGUAGCUAAUUUUAGGGAAAUGAGUGUUUAAUAAUUUCUUGCACUUUGUUUCCAAUAUCUCAUGAAGAUUUUAAGAAGGAAAGAAAAGAGAGAACUUCAGUAGGCAGGUAGUUUGUAAAUUAUUUUAAAUACACUGUUUGAGGCCACCUGAACUAACUACUUUCCUGUUCUUGCUAUUGCCAUUAUUGCUUUAAUUUUUAUGAUAAUGCAAGGCUUUCAGAUAGAUGGAAAUCCUCUCUUCAGCUUUUUUCAAGGCAUUAAGAAUUUAUCCCUAAAUAAGUUUUGUUUUGUUUUGUUUGACUGUUCCAGUUUCAAAUAAAGUUAGUGACAGUAACCAGGUAAUUGCAUUAGAGUCCAAUCUGCAUUACCAGGCUUUGCAAACAUUGCUUCAUGUGUUAAGAUCUUGCAAGAAGGAAGUAAUGUACAAUUAAAAAUGGAUUCCUUUGUUCUUCUUCUGCCAUUUGGAGAGUACCUACCUGAGAAUUGCCUGUGACUGUGCAGAGCUGAGGGGGGUUCCCUAUUAGGCUGGAACUGCAAAGCUGUACUGCAAACCCCUUGGACUUAACUGUGGACAUACACAGCUCCACUAUCGUUAAAUCAGAACAGUAUUCCAGGUUAAAAUUUUAAAUCCUGAACUUGAAAAGACCAUAGCAGAAGGAAUAAAGCAGGAAGGGAAAGAGAUGAAAUUCCUUAAAGACAUUUAUAUGACAAACUUCUUGCAAAACUUGUUUAAAAACAGAAGUUCAAAUUUGCUAUAGCAAUUUCUUGCUUUGAGUUAGGAGACAGCCUAUUGUUGGCCUUAGGUUUUCUCAGAGGCUAUUUUUUCCUUUAUUGGAGAUGGCAUUUUUAUAUUACACGCUUUUGACUUCUUUAAGCGUCAAGUGAAUCAGAACUUCUCUGUAAUGAACAAGCAGUUUUGAGGCCUCGAAGACACUAAUGUCACAUGGUCCAUAAUAACUAUCCAAACGUAGACUGACUCAGCAGCUCCCAGCCCAAAGGUUACCUGGGAUUUUGUCCUGCUUACUGUGGGAUUUCCAUGGAUUACAGUUAAUUGCAUGUUUUUAAUCCCAAAGUAAUUUAAUUGUGUGUCAAAGGCUUGAUUGAGUUUAGAAGUUUUUUUUUAUUCUUUACUAAAGUUUCCAUUGUCACAAUCAUAUACUCAUAAAAGUUGGAAAAUGGUACUGUGUUUUUUUCAAACUUAGAACUCUUGUAAUGAUAGAAGUUCCUUUCAUCCUGCAUUGUAGCAUUAGGAGAAGAUAUUUCUUAAAAAAUGAAGCUCAGUGAAUCCAUCUGACUGUUUUGAGCUUUUCUUUAGACACUAGCUGUAUAACUUCAUUUCUAGCAAUGUGAAUGCACAGUUAUAAUUGAUUAGAAACAGGACUAUUUCCUGCAGAUUCAAAAAUUUAAUCAAUCUCCUCUUUUUCUGAGAGAGGGGUGUUUUUGGGAUUUUUUCAGGAGAAAAAUGAAAACUGGCAGAUUAAACAAAAGAUAACUUGGUUGCAGGCAUGCAACCAAGGGAACAAGUCUGCUGAGUAGGGAGAUAGUGUUAUCAGAAAAGUGCUUCUCGUAGCACAGCACUAUUCUGUGAAUGUCUGUUGAAGUUGUUGAGAGUUGUCAGUCUCUGUUUAAGCUGCAGAGAGCUCCCACCAGCAAAUUAACACACAUUAGUUACAAAUCUUUAUUAAUAUUACAAAAAUGAACUUGGAGUGCAAAAAUGCAGUAGUAUCUGGUUCAGUGGAAUUAAAUAGAAUUUGGAUUAUAGUUACCCAGAUACACUGGAAUGUAUUCCUUGGGAAGUACUGGGAGAAGAGUGAAGUUGUCCUGGGCUUUUUGGGGAAGAUGGAAGUCAAAGCCUGAAGUCCGGGGAUUUGUUCCCUUAAGAUGUGAUAAAAUCAGAAAGUGCCAUUCUCCUAUUUUUAUUCUCUCUUUCACCACAUCAAAAGUUUCAAGUUUUCAAAUUUUUCAAUCAGCCCUUGAACUGCGGGGCUUUGGAAAAGAGAUGAAAUUUUGGUAUGCCUUUAAUAGUGUCUGUUAUCUUAAGAGAGUAGGGUUAAAACCUGAGUGGACAUUGGAGAAGUGUCUUUCCUGACACAACAGUUUUGAAAUACUUUAGCCUAAGGGUGAUGCCUGUUACUUCAUUGUAAUUUAUACUGCAGCUAUCUCCAGUUUUGAGGACAAUCUUGGGCUCCGACGUGGGGCUUUUUGUGGAAUUAUUGAUUCUUUAAAUAGUAUGAAUAUUCAGUUAAAAAAAAACAUGAAAUGUGGAAGGCUCUCUGAACUCAGUGUCAUGCAGGUUUUCUUUUGUUUCACAAAAAUCAGGAGCUGUCUUUAUAGGCUUCUUAAUGAACAGUGGCUUUAAAGGGCUAAAAAGAUCACAUUGUCCAGUUUGCCUGGAUGACUGUCAGAAGGAACUCUUUCCAUUUUCAGAGCAGAAAUGCUAAGGGCUAAAAUGCUUUCCAGGGCUAAUUUGACUUUCCAGAUACAUACAAUAUCUAAAAAACAACUAGUCCAUUUUCCUUUCAAAUCAUGGACUCUAAAAUAAUUUUUAUGAAUGUCUGAACCAAUUGCAGAUGUAAGUAUUCCUAUAUGGCUUGGAUUUUCAGUACCCAGAUUGGAUAAGGGCACACUAGAGAAGGCAGUACACUUACCCUCCACUUUAUUAUUACCUUUGCUGAAAUCUAACGAUGUUUAUGAACAGCACUGGCAAUAGAGAAGCUUUGGGGAAGAUUCUGCCCCAGGAAAUUGUCACAGAAUAGUUCUUUGCAACUUAGUUGACCUUUACUUUAGUGAUGUCUACCAAGGCAUAAACUUCUGAAAAGUUCAGUCAGUAGAUACUGCUGCCAGCAUAGCUUUCUGGAGGCAUCAGAGGGUUCUGUUCAUGAUGUUAUGUCUUAAUAAGUACUAUAACGAGAGAAACUUUUAAAAAUUAUUUUGUUACUUUGGGGGUGAGUGGAAGAGGUUCUGUGAUAGUGCUCUCCUCACCUUAGAAAGCUGAGCCUAAAUUUUGACCUGAGACCUGCUGUGAUUUUGAGGCCUCGUCAUCUGAAAUGAGUAAAGAGUAGAAGUGUUUGUUAUGUACAUGAUUCUCGCUACUUUUGAAGAUUUUCCAAAAGCUUAUGCACAACUUGACUCACAUUAACUUGGCUCAUGUGUACUUGCUAGAAUGAAGCAAGUGCUAAGGCACUCUUAAAAGGAAUAUUACCAGCCUCUCUACUGGAACUGAAACAAGAUCACCAAACUGAAGGAGUAUCAAAUGGCAGCUUUUUCCACCUGCUUCUGCCCUUAUCCUUACCUCAACUUAGGUAUGAGAAAUCGACUUCCUAUGCACUCUUUAGGAUCAUCUACCCAAUUCAACAAAUGUUCUUUUUUUUAACCUUUUCCUCCAAAACACCGGUCUCAAAAUUAGUUGUGCAUCAGCUGUUUGUGCUUAUACCCAAGUUGCCAUACUUGCAACAUGUUAUUUCCUGGAUAGUGGAUUAGCAAUAACACUUUAUUUUUGUGCCAAUUCAUUAUAUCUGAAGUGUUCUUACUGCAGCAAAUUUUGAGUUAUGAUUUGGUUUUAAUGCAUUUGCAUUAACCAAAACUCAUAGCACAGACACAGACAAGAAACUAAAUUCAGGGAAAUUUCCCUGGAAAAAAAUCUGCUAGGGCUUCCCAAAUAAUUUGAAGAUGGUUACAGUUAACCAUCACUUUCACAACAAACAAAUGAAAUGCGUAUGGGUAUUUUUUUAACUUCCUUUUCAUAACACUAGUGUAUUGUAAACUGCAUGGAAUAAACCUGUUUUUUCCCUUUUAAA